UAUUACCUCUGAGCCCGCACUGACAUUAACAGCAGCACCACACGGAAGGAGAGAAAUCACGCACGGUGCUGCACCUCUUUGCGCUGCAGGAAGAAGCUUCCCACGGCCCCGUGCUGCUGUAACCUGCGCACACACUCACACACUGCUGGGGGGCUGGCUCGGUGGAGGAGGGUGUAUGGUGCUUAGCUCCGCUGCGAGGAAGAGCGCACAGCCUGGUGUCACCUGCAGCCCCCUCACCUCCGACAUCAGCUGACGCCUCUCCCACCUCUCCAUUGCUGUUCUUCGCUCUGCAGUCCUCGGACCCACGGGAGGCGCCUGUAUGUGUUAACGAUUUUGAAAUACUGGUUCAAGCACCAUGGGAAACACUGUUGGGAAAAAGGAGCACAGCAAUGACAACCCCACAGAGAAUGCCAGAGAUAAUGUGGAAGAAGAGAACACUGUGAUUCAGUCAGGGGAAGCAGUCCAGGAGCCUGACGAUAAUGACGUCUUUGCAGAUGUGAACCAGAACAAUGGAACCUCCUCUAAGGGCACGGCGGUGACUGACUCCACAAGCACUGAAGACCCCAAUAAUGACGGGAAGGAUGCCAACCCAUCUGACUCUGCCUCUCGCCCACAUCUGGUCCGCCUCUUUUCCCGAGAUGCACCAGGAAGAGAGGACAACACCUUCAAAGAUCGGCCUUCUGAGUCAGAUGAGCUUCAAACCAUCCCAGAGGAAAGUGCAACAACUUCAGAAGACUCUGAUUUGAUGGCAUCACAGAAACAUUCUCGUGGGCACGGAUCAAAGCAAAUGGCAACAGCAAGCACCUACGAUCACUCUAGGCAUGGGUAUGGAGCCCAUGGAAGGCACAGGGACUCGGGUCUUCUUGACUCACUGGGCAGGUUCUUUGGAGGGGAGAGAUCUGUUCCUAGGAAGGGAUCAGGAAAGGAGGUACAUAUGUCAAGAUCAGGCUACCUAAGUUCUUCUCCCCAGAGGUCUCCUUACCAUGCUCAUGGGAGGCACGUUGAUGACAACCCUGUUGUUCACUUCUUCAGGAACAUAGUGUCACCCAGGACACCACCUCCAUCUCAACCAAAGAGAGGAUUCUCCAGAUUUAGCUGGGGAGCCGAGAACCACAAGCCAUACUAUGGAGGAUAUGGUUCCCGGUCCUUGGAGCACCACAAAUCAUCCUACAAGGGAUAUAAGGAUCCACACAGAGAAGGCCAUGGAUCUCUGUCGAGGAUCUUCAAACUGGGAGGACAGCGCAGCCGAUCUUCUUCUCCUAUGGCCAGGCGUUGAGUUGCCCAAGAUGCCUCACCAUGUGAUGUUCUCUGCUUGAUAACCUGAAGUGCCAUUACAAAUAAAACUACUACUUUAUAAUAUAAUGAAAGGAGAUAUAUAUACAUAUACACAAUCUUUUACUUAAUGUCUGUGAGUUGUGCAUGCAGUUAGCUUAUACCAAAAUUGUGUUGGCGGUACCAAAUUAAAGGUUGACAAAAGGCAAAGAGAAAUAGAUGGAGGUGGAACCUGCUGUCUCUAUUAAUUGUAUUAAUCAGUAUCAAUGACAUGAAAAUGACCUACCCUCCUAAACUGUAGUAGAUUAGCAUGACAAGGACUUGCAAUGCAUUGCUCAGUAGGUGUAGCGCCAUCUAGACCCCAGGAACUCAGCUUUUAUCUGCAAUGCUGCAAGAUCUUGUUCCUUGACACUUUUGGUUUAUAUAUUGCGCUUUUUUAAAAAAAAAAAAACUUUGUAUUUUCAUAACAUCCACUCUCUCUCACUCGCAUGUUUUUCUUUCAUUUUAGUUAGCGACAGCUGUAGGAGAAGCCUACUGACAUAGGGAGACUUUUAGGCACGUGAAAAUGGGCGCAAGGUAAAUAUCAUUUUAGUACAAGGCUGUUACACGCAGCAAACCAGAUGGAUGGCUCUGUCCUAACCAAACUAUGGGGGAAGAGAAAAAGUGAGAGAGAUUGGGUAUUUGAGGAGGUGAGGAACCUGAUAUAUAAAUAGGUGCUAAGGGUACUCAACACAUGAAGAACUAACUGCAGAUCUCAGGUUGGACACCUGCCGCAACUCAGUUGAGAACUGUUGCUGUUUUCUUUCAACACUGAUUAUUUGGCGCUAAACAGCAAGUGAUUCUAGUAACUCAAGUAGAAACUUGUAGCACUAGUGCCUUACACACAUAUAUAAGGGUCAACUAACUAUAGAUACGCAAGUUACUCAUUUAAUGAGAAAAAAUAGCUGUAGUAUUAACCAACUGGGAGCCAGAGACGUCCCUGAGAGGGGUCUUUUUCGGCGACCAACAUUUUCAAGUGCACUGGAAAUUACAGAUGCACCAUAAAGCUCUGAAUUGCACUGUUUUUAACUGUAUAAUAAUUAAUCACCUGUACAUUCCAAUGAUCUAAUGUGUCUUUUUUUUAUUAUUUCUACAUAUUUUUACAAACUUUUUGUUGGGUAGGAAAAGCAUCUCCAUUCUAAAAGUAAUAUGUUAUAGUAGUUAAGAUUAAAUCCUAGAUUAAUACGGAAUGCGUAAUUUGUAUUUUUAAAUUAAAAUCCAUGGCUACUAACACAUUUUACUGUAGGAAGUUAAACUGAGAUUCGUGGAUGGCGUAACCUACAGGAUUUAGGUGCAGGAACACUACAACAUGUUUGUGGUUUGUGUAUUUUCUCGGUUGAUCAAGCAGAAUAGUCAACAGUUUCCGUGUUGGUUGUCAUUAAAGUUGAUAAAAUAAAAUAAUCAUUUAAACUGAA